AUGCGGAUGCCAAAGGUGCCGGGGGUCGGAUGCGACGCCCGCGCCCUGCUGAAGUGGGGGCGGCGGGGACCUUCUGGCCAGCUGGCUGCAGGGCGGGAACUGCCCAAACGCAGUUCCCAGCUUCACCCGGUCCCCGCCUCCAUCCCGGCUACGGCCUGCCAGCGCGUCCCGCCGACUGCCGCAAACCUGGGCUCAGGAAGGGGCACAGCGGCGAGGCGACCGGAGCAGGGGAGGGGAGGGGAGGGCGCGGAGGAGGCGAAGGGGGAGCGCGCCGAGGGCGAGGAGGGAGGGACCGAGGGAGAGGGAGGCAGAGAGGGAGGGGACACCUACGAGGGGCGGGGAGCCGAGGCGGGGAGCUGCGCGGACCGAAGGGGAGGCGCGGGACGCCGGGCGCUGCGGGUCCGGCUGGAGUCAGAAGCGGCCGGACCAGCCCGGGCCGGGCAGGAGCGCAGAGGGCGGGCUGGGCUGCGGAGCUGGGGAGGCACGAGCCGGCACCUCGGCGCAGCGACACGGAACCUGGCCGUAGCCGCGCCGCCCCAGCCCUCAACCGCCGGCCGGCCCCUCUGGGAUGUCCCAGGGACCCAGGCGUCCGGGACGGUGACCGAGCGAGCCCGAGGAUGGGACGGCGCCCGCAGCUCCGGCUCUCCAAAGGCCCUUCUCCUCCUGGGGCUGAACGCCAUCUCCGCCUCCUUCCAGGACCAGCCCUGCGAGAGCCUGUCCCUGGCCAGCAAUAUCUCCGGACUGCAAUGCAAUGCAUCCGUGGACCUCAUUGGCACCUGCUGGCCCCGGAGCCCUGCGGGGCAGCUGGUGGUUCGACCCUGCCCUGCCUAUUUCUACGGUGUCCGCUACAACACCACAAGUAAGGAAGCCUCUGGAGGGCGGACCAUCUGCCGAGACAACGGCUACCGGGAGUGCCUGGCCAAUGGCAGCUGGGCCGCCCGUGUGAACUACUCGGAAUGUCAGGAGAUCCUCAGUGGGGAGAAGAAAAGCAAGGUACACUACCAUGUCGCUGUCAUCAUCAACUACCUGGGCCACUGCGUCUCUCUGGUGGCCCUCCUGGUGGCCUUUGUCCUCUUUCUGCGGCUCAGUCUCUCCCCAGGUGUGCCUUUCCCCAUCAUCGUGGCCUGGGCCAUUGGGAAGCUGUACUACGACAAUGAGAAGUGCUGGUUUGGCAAAAGGCCUGGGGUAUACACUGACUACAUCUACCAGGGCCCCAUGAUCUUGGUCCUGCUGAUCAAUUUUAUCUUCCUUUUCAACAUCGUCCGCAUUCUCAUGACCAAACUCCGGGCGUCCACCACAUCUGAGACCAUUCAGUACAGGAAGGCUGUGAAGGCCACUCUGGUGCUGCUUCCCCUCCUGGGCAUCACGUACAUGCUGUUCUUUGUGAACCCCGGGGAGGACGAGGUCUCCCGGGUCGUCUUCAUCUACUUCAACUCCUUCCUAGAAUCCUUCCAGGGGUUCUUCGUGUCUGUAUUCUACUGUUUCCUCAACAGUGAGGUCCGCUCUGCCGUCCGGAAGAGGUGGCACCGAUGGCAGGACAAGCACUCGAUCCGCGCCCGCGUGGCCCGCGCCAUGUCCAUCCCCACCUCCCCGACCCGUGUCAGCUUCCACAGUAUCAAGCCGUCCACGGCCGUCUGA